UGCUGGAAAAGGGGCGGGAUCUAAGCCAUCCUAUGCCUCACAGUCAACGCGCCUUGUUGUGCUUUUGUAACCAAAAGAUGGAUAACAUAUUCUGGUUUUUUUUUGGGGGGGGGGGAUAGCAAUUUAGAUGAAUCGAUAUAAUUGAACGCCAUCCAAGCUGGGAGUUUAACCGCAUUGAGGUGGCACAAGGCAGCGCUGCUCCGGGAGUAUUUCCACCGUGGGGAUUGGAGCGGAAGGAAUUCCUGAAACCGGGGAAGAAAGCUGGGAUGGCUCCUGCAAGUUGUGAAAAACAUGUGUUUUACGGUUCCCGAUCAGGCCAUGGAGCUACACACUCGAAGUGUGUGCUCAUUCAACUGAUUUAAACACCAGGACGGAUUCGAUGUUGGCGGGAUUUAUCUAUUGCAGUUAACGCGACUGUGUAGCCAGUUAGCCACGUAGCUAACGUUACGUAGCUUCCAGUGGGAAGAGGCUCAAAAUGGCGGAGGGUUGGCCCGUUCCCUCGGCCCUCGUCUUCGUGCUGCUAAGUUUCAGCGCCCGGGCUCUGGAGUCUUGUCCUGCUCCGUGCUCGUGUUCGCCGUGGCAGGACGAUGUCCGCGUCCUGGACUGCAACAGGAAAAGGCUGUCGACGGCUCCCGCGGAGCCGCCGCACGGGACGACCCAGGUCACCAUGAAUCACAACGAACUGACCGUUAUCCCCUUUCUUGGAGAUGUGACCUCAAAUCUCACGUCCCUGUCAUUAGUCCACAAUCGGAUCUCCGAACUUUUGAUGCAUCAGCUGCAGCCGUACGUUUCCCUGGAGACACUGGACCUGUCAUCCAACUCCAUCUCAGAGCUCAGAGUUGGAUCCUUCCCCUCCAUGCAGCUGAAACAUCUGAAUUUGAGCAAUAACAAGAUCAGCGUCCUGGAGCCCGGCUGCUUUGAAAACAUCUCCAGCUCCCUGCUGGUGCUGAGGCUGAACAGGAACAGAUUAGCUGUGCUGCCCUCGAAAGUCUUCAAACUUCCACAGCUCCAGUUCCUUGAAAUGAAGCGUAACAAGAUCAAGAUUGUGGACAGCCUGACAUUCAAAGGGAUGGACUCACUGAGGUCACUGAAGAUGCAGAGGAAUGGCAUCACCAAGCUCAUGGAUGGAGCCUUUUUUGGUCUUAACAACAUGGAAGAACUAGAGCUGGAGCACAACAACCUCACAGAGGUCAACAAAGGCUGGCUGUACGGACUGCGCAUGCUGCGGGUCCUGUGGGUCAGCCAGAAUGCCCUCGGCAUCCUCCGGCCAGACGCCUGGGAGUUUUGCCAGAAGCUGGAGGAGCUAGACCUGUCCUUCAAUCACCUGACCAGACUUGAGGAGACGGCCUUCGUGGGACUCGGUCUCCUGGACAGGCUGAACCUCGGAGAGAACUCCAUCAGCCAUCUGGGGGAAGGCGUUUUCAGUGGCCUGGCGAGCCUGCGCACCCUAGAUAUCCGCAAUAAUGAGAUCUCCUGGGCCAUCGAAGACUCCAACCGUCUGUUCAAUGGGAUGAAGAAGCUGAACACACUAAUCUUACAGCGGAACAAAAUCAAAUCGAUCACGGAGAAAGCGUUUGAGGGCCUGGACGAGCUGGAGCACCUGGACCUCGGCAACAACAGCAUCAUGUCGAUACACCCCGCGGCGUUGUCCCACAUGAGGCUCAAAGCAUUCGUCCUGAACACCAGCAGCCUGCUGUGCGACUGCCACAUGCAGUGGCUCGGGCCCUGGCUCGCCGCCGGCCGCUUCCAGGCGUCCGUGUCCGCCGCGUGUGCUCAUCCCGCCGGCCUGCUGGGCCGCGACGUCCUGUCCGUCAGCCCGCAGCUCUUUGUCUGUGACGAUUUCCCCAAACCUCGGAUCACCGCUCACCCGGAGACGCACGUGGCGAUGCGCGGGAACAACGUGACCCUGAGCUGCGUGGCGUCCAGCAGCAGCGAUUCGCCGAUGACCACGGCGUGGCGGAAGGACGGCGAGUUGCUGUACGAGGCCGAAGUGCAAAACUACGCCCAGUACCAGGAGGGAGAGCUGACCUACACCACUGUGCUGCACCUACUCAAUGUCAACUUCACCGACGAGGGGCGCUACCAGUGUGUGGUCUCCAAUCACUUUGGCUCCAACUACUCCAGCAGGGCGACGCUCACUGUGAACGAGCUGCCGUCCUUUCUGAAGACUCCCAUGGAUCUGACGAUCCGGAGCGGGGCCAUGGCCCGGCUGGAGUGCGCCGCCGAAGGCCACCCGUCGCCCCAGAUCGCCUGGCAGAAGGACGGCGGCACCGACUUCCCGGCCGCCCGGGAGCGCCGGAUGCACGUGAUGCCGGACGACGACAUCUUCUUCAUCGCCAAGGUGAAGGCGGAGGACAUGGGGGUGUACAGCUGCACGGCUCAGAACGCGGCCGGCAGCCUGUCCGCGAACGCCACUCUCACCGUCCUGGAAACGCCGUUCUUCGUGCGCGAGCCUGAAGACAGGACGGUGGCGCGCGGCGAGACGGCCGUGCUGCAGUGCAUCGCCGGGGGCAGCCCGGCCCCCCGGCUCAACUGGACCAAAGAAGACGGGCCCCUGCUGCUCACCGAGCGCCACUUCUUCGCCGCCGCCAACCAGCUGCUCAUCGUCGUCGACGCCGGCCCCGCCGACGCCGGCAAGUACACGUGCGUCAUGUCCAACACGCUGGGGACCAAGCGCGGCCACGUCUACUUGAGCGUCUCGCCGUCGCCCAGCUGCGACACGGCCGCGGCGUACGAGCAGGACGGCUGGACCACGGUGGGCAUCGUGGUGAUCGUGGUGGUGUGCUGCGUGGUCGGCACCUCGCUGGUCUGGGUCAUCGUCAUCUAUCACAUGCGCAGGAAGAGCGAGGACUACAGCAUCAGCAACACAGAUGAGCUGAACCUGCCGGCGGACAUCCCCAGCUACCUGUCCUCUCAGGGCACCCUGUCCGAGCCUCAGGAAGGCUACAGCAACUCGGAGGCCGGCAGCCACCAGCAGCUCAUGCCCCCCCUUUCUCACGGAUACGUCCACAAGGGCACCGACGGUGUGUGUUACGGAGACACCGCCACCGAGGGGGAAACCGAGGGCGACGGCGUGCUGCACUGCGGCGUCGGCUCUCUGUUCACCGGCCGCAGCAGCUUCCACCCCGGGGAGCCCGGCAAGGGAACAGCUGGACCCCCCCCCACAGGUGGCGAUCCGGGUCCACUGGUCAUCUGCUCCGACUGCUACGACAACGCCAACAUCUACUCCCGCACGCGGGGGGAGUACUGCCCUUACGCCUACCUGGGGGAGGACGACUCGCUGGACGGGAGCCUGCCGGGCCCGGGGGAGCGCUUCGGCGAGCCGGCCCGGCGCGACGGCCGAGCGCUGGAGGGCCUCUUCGGCGGCGUGGACCCCUCCGACUUCCUCGGCCCGCACGCCAAACGGCCGGAGCGCGGCGCCGACGAUUUCCUCUGCCGUCCCUUCUGGGCAGACGGGGACGCUGGACCCCACCGAGGGGCUUCGCAGCACCCGGCGAGGGCCCACAGGACGCCGCCUCUGACCUCCGACGGGGCGGAGCGGCAGAGCGAGGCGGAGGCGGAGACUUUCCCCGGCCGGUGCACGCGGGGCCACAGAAGUGCCUCCGAUAGGACUAACCCUCAGGAGCAUCCUGCCCCAUCGUAGCCAUCGCACUCCACCCACGUUCUGCCUCUGGUUCCCCUCUGCUGCCCCCCCCCCCACCCCCACUACCUCCAAAGAGACUCCUCACAUUCUGCCAAAGAUGCUCUCUUGUAUGUUUACAUUCCCCUUUUCUCUCGAUGGAACUGGAGGAACGGACCAGUGAUUUGAUUGACACCUCCACCCCCUCCACUCGUCUUUGUUCUCUUUCCGGAGAAACGCUAUGAAUGUAUGCUUCAGAGAGGGGGGGGGGGGGGGGCGGCGAGGCGCGGCGGCGGCGGCGGCGGCGUCUUCGCUAGCCCACCCUUCGUUUUUACGUCCUCGUGGUGAAGAGCACUUUGGGGGAGGAAGCGUGACAUGUUGUGUUUUUUUUUUUUUUUUUUUGCACAUGUGACAUUCAUGGUUUUUGCUGGUUAUUAACGGUUGUCCACCUUUUUUCAAACAAGGAUUCUCACUGACUGCUGCCCCCCUCUUAUCAUACCUUUAAAGGCACUUAAUUUAACAGCGGUACAUCCUAUUAUGCAGUGGUCGUGCUACUUUGAGGAUUUAUCUCAAAACCUUCCUGAUCCUUCCACAGAUAUUGAUUAAGCUUAAGUUUUCACUUGGGACUGUGACACGUUAGAAUGUAUUGUCUUAUUUUGUAUGUAUGUGUACAUGAUGCUGGGGGUCUAUCCCAUGUCCUGGUAGUCCACUCACAUGCUGCAGUUACUUUAAGCUUGUUCAUGUUAAGUCCUUAUUGACUCAGCGUCUGUCUCCUGAUGAUGAUGAAGACCUCUUCUUCAGGCCAGGUGAUUUUCCUCCCAACUGAAAGAGAGUAAGCAAACUGUUCUGUUCCCACAUGUAGGCUCUUAAGUUCCUUUUUUGAGGAUUUGAAAAUGUAAAUGCCUCUCCUCUAAAAGGCCUUUUGUCGCAUUUGGUGCAACGAAUUUUCCUUUCAAAGAACCUCUUGAUUAUUGCACUUGAAAGUUGUCUGUUUUGACUCUCAGAAAAGGCACUCGGUUCGAUCUAAUGCCUCCUAAUAGCCGCAAUACAUCCAACCUUCACCAACGCUUAUUUUAUUUUUUUUUAAUGGUUUCAAAGAGGCGUCGACUCCAUUUUUUUUUUUUUUUUUUUUUUAAUGCUCAUUUUGGAGAAUGUAGUUUGUGCACUUGUGAAUUGACGGACGGCUUCGUUGUUCCAGACACCGGAGCAUCAGUUAAAGUCAGAAUGGUGGCCGUGGUGUCGCAUAAUUAACCCCCCCCCACCCGUCUCCGUGUGCUCUGGAUGGAAGCGUUGUCUCAGCGCUACGUGCGCACACGAGUUGCAGAUGAAAGCAGAUUUUUGUUUUCACUGUUUCCUAUUUUUUUUUUUUUUUUUUUGCCAACACAGCACAACAGAAUGUGCGUCAGCAUUGUGUUGAUCCUCCUCCGUACCAAAGUUUAGCAGUAAAUGCUGCUGCUUCCUUUUUUUUUUGGUGUGUUGUUGGACCUUUUGUGUACCUGUACAUUCUGUAAAGCAUGUCUGAAGAGCCUUUUUGUUACGUAGACCAUUACUCUGACAUUAAACAUGGAUUCUGAUACCUCG